AUGCGCUUCAAGAACCUUUUUCAGAAACGGACGGAGGAUGUAUACGGCGACACCGAUGUGCCUAGAGAAUCGGUCUCCACGGCGGAACGUGAGAAAGCCGCGCACGAUGUCGUCGAUACUCCUAUCCCACUGUUAACCUGGCGCUCUGCCGUGAUGGGCUUGUUUGUCUCCAUGGGUGGCUUCCUGUUCGGAUAUGACACCGGUCAGAUCUCAGGUUUCUUGGAGAUGGAGAAUUUCUUGCAACGCUACGGUGAACCAGGACCUGAUGGGACCUAUAAAUUCAGUAACGUGCGCUCGGGUCUUAUCGUUGGUCUGUUGUCAAUCGGUACUUUGAUGGGUGCAUUGGUCGCAGCCCCCAUUGCGGAUCGCGUCGGACGCAAAUGGUCAAUCAGUGGAUGGUGUGUGAUCGUCUGCGCUGGUGUCACCGUACAGAUCUCUGCGCCAUCAGGCAAGUGGUAUCAGGUUGCGUUGGGCCGUUGGACUGCUGGUCUCGGCGUCGGUGCUUUGUCUUUGCUUGUGCCCAUGUACCAGGCCGAGUCCGGACCAAGACAUAUCCGAGGAUCGUUGAUCAGUACUUACCAGUUGUUUAUUACGCUCGGCAUCUUCGUCGCUAACUGUAUCAACUUUGGAACCGAGGCCAAAACCAACACUGCAUCAUGGCGUAUCCCCAUGGGAAUCACCUAUCUUUGGGCCCUGAUCUUGGGACUAGGAAUGGCACUGUUCCCCGAAAGUCCGCGCUACGACUACCGUCACGGCAAAGUGGAAAAAGCAAUGGACACCCUGUCUAAGAUCUACGGCGUGCCUCGUAACCAUCGUGCCCUGCACAUCGAAUUCGACGAGAUCAAGGCAAAGUACGAAGAGGAGGUUCGCAACGGCCAAGUCACUUGGAAGCAAAUGUACCGCGCCCCAACGAUGAAAUACCGUGUUGCCGUCGGUGUCGCCCUCCAAGCUCUGCAGCAGCUGACCGGUGCAAACUACUUCUUCUACUACGGCACAACCGUCUUCAACGGCGCCGGUAUCAAGAACAGUUACGUGACGCAGAUGAUCCUAGGUGGUGUCAACUUCGGCAGCACAUUCCUGGGUCUCUACUUGGUUGAACACUACGGUCGUCGCCGCUCUCUUAUUGUUGGUGCAUUGUGGAUGUUCGUCUGCUUUAUGGUCUUCGCUUCGGUGGGCCACUUCUCGCUUGAUCAAGUGAAUCCCGAGAGCACAAAACCUGCCGGCAUAGCCAUGGUGGUAUUCGCUUGCCUCUUCAUUCUUGGCUUCGCAAGUACAUGGGGUCCCAUGGUGUGGACAAUCAUUGCCGAGCUAUUUCCCUCGCAGUAUCGUGCGCGUGGCAUGUCGCUUGCCACCGCAUCCAACUGGCUCUGGAACUUCCUGCUGGCUUUCUUCACGCCAUUUAUUGUCAGCGCUAUCGACUUCCGAUUCGGGUACGUCUUUGCGGGCUGUCUGUUCCUUGCGGCGGGUCUGGUUUACUUUGCCGUUAUCGAGGGUCAGGGACGUACGCUCGAGGAAAUCGAUACUAUGUAUCUCAUGAAGGUCAAGCCGUGGGAGAGCUCCAAGUUCGAGUUCCCGGCCGAUCCUGCGGUUAUCCGGGGCUCGUUCGAUAAAGGAGGGACUGCGGAUCAUGUGCCCAACUCGACUGGAGUGUUGGACGAGAAUACCCCUACUGUACCGGAUACUGGAGCUACCGGAGCAGGGCCAUCGGAGACACGAGCUACAGGGGCAGGGGCUGCGGGGACACGAGCUGAGGUCUAGAGUGGAGGAGUAUUGAGAGGCGUGGAUUUGGUUUCUGGUGAUGUUUCGAUUAAGUGUAUACGUAAUCCUAUUUUCUUGUCUUCUAAUGCUUUUCUGUACAUUGUUG